AGUACUCCCAGUUGUCAAAUGUCAAAUAAUUUGAUCUGCGUACUUCAUAUCAAGGUUUUGCACCUUUCCCCAAGUAAAAGCAAGUGCAUUUUAGUUCUUUAGUGCCGCAAUUUACUAAAGAAUGUUGAAACAUAAAUACGAAAACUAAUAAACAGUUUAAAGUGCCUGUGCUACGAGAAACCUCUAAUCACUCUCCAUACAUUUGUGACUCAACUUUAAUUUCUUGCACCUUCAAAACUAUUUUACCUCGUGAAAAGAACUUGGGUUGGGUCAAUUGAUUUUUCUUUUUUAUUACCCGCAUAUUUCUGAGUAUAAGCUUAUCGCGAAUACAGGUUUGGAUAGUGAAUGAGUUCGAGUUUUUCUUACGAUAACCAAACUUUUAUCGGCGUGGAAAAAGAAUCCGGCAUGAUUCAUGCGGGAUUGAAAUGUGUAAAAUUUGAAUAAUAUAUUGAAAUUUUAAUUUAAUGUUGUAAAAAAAUGGCUUGUGGGGGAGGUAGUAGUUUUAUUAGCAAACCAGCCAGGGGUUGGUUACACCCUGAUCAUCUCGUUAGUAAAGAAGGAAUUCCAUAUGCAGUUAGGUAUAUUGGAUGUCUGGAAGUCUACACGUCCAUGAAAAGUUUGGACUUCGAGACGAGAUCUUGCGUGGCCAAAGAAUGUAUAAACAGAGUAUGUGAAGCAGCAGGACUUAAGUCAGCUGAUAAAAAAAGAAGGGUUGAUAGAAAAGUUCUAAGAGCAAUUGCUGACAAGCCUUGCAUGGAACAUGCUGGAUCAAACAUCAAUCUGACUAUUAGUAGUUGUAGUUUAGCCUUAACGAUUCUUGAAACUGGUCAAGUAAUCGCUAAACACGAAAUGCCUAGAAUCUCCUUUGCCUCGGGUGGUGAUACGGAAAUUUUAGACUUCGUUGCCUACGUAGCGAAAAAUAUGCAAGAAUGGCGUGCUUGCUAUGUCCUGGAAUGUGGUGGCGGUUUAGCCCAAGACGUAAUAUCCACAAUUGGUCAAGCCUUCGAACUUAGAUUUAAAGAAUUCCUCACCAAACCUUCGUCCCUGCACCCAGCAUUGAAUGGUUUGAGAGAAGCAGACAGAGAUUAUUACAACGAUUUGCCUGGAAAAGUUCCACCAGAUAUUGGACCGCCUCCAGUGCCUCCAUUACCAAUUUCAGCAUCCACCUUGCCCAAUUUAAAACACCAUCAUUCCAAUCACAAUCAUGCGUCCGGUUGUAGCAUUCAAAACACACCUUUGCCUGAUCCAAAAACGAAUAAUUGCAGCAAACAAAGUCAGCAGUGGUCAGAAUCGGAAAAUUUGAUUGAUUUGAAUUCGGACUCUAUUUCUUUACCUUCGAACUACAAUUCGGGUCCUGAACAUAAUUAUGUGAACGAUACCAUUAUUGCUGCAAAUAGAGAUAGUAGACGAGAGCCUGCCACUUUCUUUGACGCUUUUGAUAUGCAACCGUUUUGCACGGCUAUUUCGGAGAUAAUCAAACUUAGCCCUGAAAGCCAAAAGCAACAACUGAAACAGGAAUUAUGGUUUCAUGGAAGUGUUAGUCGAUUUGAGGCCGAAUCCAUGCUAUCGAGGGACGGUGAUUUCUUGGUUCGAGAAUCGCAAGGAUCGCCGGGUCAAUACGUAUUAACUGGCAUGAAUAAUGGCACACCGAAACAUUUAUUGUUGAUAGAUCCUGAAGGAGUUGUACGCACAAAGGAUCGCGUGUUCGAUAGCGUAAGUCAUUUGGUAAAUCACCACUGUGACAAUACUUUACCAAUUAUAUCCGCAGACAGUGCUUUGGUACUUCGGUAUCCCGUCCCUAGACGCACGGCAUUUUAGACUUCAUCCGGAUAAAAAUAAUAGAGUUUUUCCAGAAUUUUUACAAGAACCAUAUUAUAUGUCUGUUUCAAAGAAGAAGAAAUAACUGUUUUUAUUCCAUUUCUAGAUUUAUUCAAUUUUCAUAAACACAGGAACAUCUUCUGUAGAAAUAGCAUUUCAUACGUAACAUGUAUCUAACUUAAAUUAACUAGGAAACAAUUUCAGAAAUAUUGGUAGAUUUUGCAAAACAGAAUCUCGAACAUUUUAUUAUCUAUUUUUAUUUUUUAAUGUAUUUUUAUAUGUGUUUUUAUGUAUUAUAAAUUGAUCGAAUUGUUAGAUAUGAUUUUUUAGUUGUUCAUAUACUCAAAUCUUAUAUAUCUUACAUGCGAAAAAUUAAAUAUAUUUUGAAAAUUUGUACAUUGUAUUUUAGACAGUGGGUGAAAGAUAUUUUUGAACAACUCACGCUCGCUUUGAAUCCUAAAUUUUAUCGCAAUCAAAAAAAUUACAUUCCUGUGUUAAAUUUAUGUAAAAAAUAUGCCUAUCAAUUGUCAAUUCGACUUAUGCGAUUACAAAUAUGCGUGAUUAAGUUUUAUAGAUGUUUUGACAUAUAUUUUCGUAGUAAGAUUCAUAUAUUUAACUCAAAAAUAAUUGCUUUAUUGAAUUGUAUUUGUCAAGAAGUACAUGAUGGAAGAAACAUGCAGUGUCCUGCCUUUUUUAUAAUCUCAGAAAACCAAAAUUAUCUCUCUCAGUAUUGAAACCUCACAUUGGGACUACCUAUAAAAAUGUAUGAAUAACAAUAUCCAAUUCAAUAAAAUCUUUCAAUUUGAUGGUC